GAUUUGGCGUGAGGACUUCAGUUGAUUCACAUCUCGGAGGGGAUAUUACUUUAUAUUAUAUUAAUUAAUAUAUUAAUUUGUAAAGCACAGCAUUUUCAAGGUUUUCCUAACGAAACAAUGGAUUUCAAGACGCUGAAGAAAAUGGAGGAGGCGGUGCGCAUCGGCGGCAAUGGAUCUAUGCGCCGCAAGCACAAGAAAAUCCCAUCCUUGAAUGCGGACGAUGAGAAGCGCGUGCGGGCCGCAUUGGCCAUGUUACCGUUGAAGAAUCUCGGCGAAAUUCAGGAAAUGACCAUCAAGUUCUCCGAUUCCAGUGAGGUUGUGGUAAUCAUGCCCAGGAUUCAGAAAACCAAUCCCAGUUAUUUCUUCGUGAUGAGUGGCCAUUUCGUGCGCAAGUCGUUAACAGCUGGCCCAUCCAAAGCACCAAAGGCACCCAAGCCACACAAGCCGAAAUCUUUUUCCGACAAAAAGGCGGAAUCAGGGGAGUCCAUUAAGAUGGUGGCCAAGAAGCCCAAAAACAAAGAGGAAGCAGCAAUGGCUGGCGGGGAUUCGGAGCCGAAGCUUAGCAAUGGUAAAUCAAUUUUGAUCUCCUCUGAAGAUGGUAGCGAUCCGGAUAAUGAGAAGGUGCCAUCGGAUGAGUCUGAUGUGGAUCGGACCGUCGUCUGCGCCAAAGAUUCGCUGCGAAGUUUCGGCGAUGAUUCCGACGGCAAGUAGGACGAUGACAGUACGGAGUCGAUCUUCCUAUCCUCCUACUCCGAUUACUAUGAUUCCGCGGAUGAGCAGCUCAAUCCGAAGACUUAUCGCGCUCAGGUGUCAGAGGACGAAGAUUAGACAUAUUCAUUUGUUGCUACAUUUGUACCAAUUUUCUAAAUAAAUCGCAUACUAUAUACGUGCAUACUGCACAUCAUAU